CUUGUGCAACCCUCUGUUGCGCUCUCCCUUUGUGUGGCGUCUCUCGCCGCGGAUAAAGCUGCACGCAGCGGCGACUUUGCGUCACCCUCGAUGUCGCGCCAGGUCGUCCACGGCACCCGCCGUUCGUGGCUCAUCGAGUCGGACCUCGCGAGACGAGCGCCCUCACAACACCGAGCUUCGAGCUCCACGCGCGACAGCCGGUGGAGUGGCGGCGGUGGUCCCGGAUCCGACUGUGCGAGCGAUAGUGAUCACGAAGACCCGUUUUCCGGCUCGCCGUCCGACGAGAUGGCGCUCGGCGGUUGGGGCGCCUCGGCGGUUGGAAGAGCCGCUCCCGCCGCCGCCGGCCGUGGCUGGGCCUCCAUCUUUGAGCCGUGUCCGGCGGCGGCGGCGGCAGUGACGUGCAGCAGCCCUUGCGGGCUCUGCUCGGCGCCGCUCGAUAGACAGGCGGACUGGCCGCGGCCGGACGCAGGGCUCGGCAAGCUCGACCGCACCGACCGCCGCUCGCCUCCCGCCCGCCGUCCCGCCUCGGGCGUCUGGGCGAGGGCGUCUGAUGGCGGGAGGAUGGUGAGGGCGGUCUCGUCGCCCAUGAUGGCGGGGCUAGGAUAGGAGAGGGCGGCGGGGCGCGCGUGCAGACGGCGGGUGGCGGCUCCACGAUGGAACGGGGGUGUUUAGUCGAUGCAACUGAGCAGACCUGACAUGGAAAGUCGAUGCAACCCUCUGGUGCAUGGUUUAGAUCUUGCAGAUGCUUGCUUUGCAUCAGAUUCCGCCUGUUUAGGCUGCGGCUCAGGUCAGAGGGCCCAGCGACUCGUCGGUUGGGUGUAAACGGGCAUUGCCUGUGGUCUUCAACACACAAAGGGUGUGAGAAUAGAGCUCUCUUGAUCCUUCUGAGCACGAAGACCACUCGAACUCUUCUCACUUCUGCAGACUUUAGUUUUCCCGGUGUUCAUAAGCUGUGAAUAGUUUA